AUGAGGGCGAUUCAAGAGAUGGGCUUCACAAAGAUGACUAGCAUCCAGCGCAGCGCCAUCCCACCUCUUCUCGCCGGCAAGGACGUGCUCGGUGCAGCAAAGACUGGAUCCGGAAAGACGCUCGCCUUCUUGAUUCCCGCCAUCGAAAUCCUCAGUUCUCUGCGAUUCAAGCCCCGAAACGGCACCGGCGUCAUCGUCGUGUCUCCCACCCGAGAGCUUGCGCUCCAGAUUUUCGGCGUUGCGCGCGAGCUGAUGAAGCACCACUCACAGACGUAUGGUAUCGUCAUUGGAGGAGCCAACCGAAGAGCAGAAGUCGAAAAGUUGACCAAGGGCGUCAACCUGUUGAUUGCUACUCCCGGCCGACUGCUCGAUCACCUUCUCAACACCCAAUUCGUUUUCAAGAACCUCAAGUCUCUCAUCAUUGACGAGGCCGAUCGUAUUCUGGAAGUUGGUUUCGAAGACGAAAUGAGACAGAUUGUCAAGGUGCUGUCAAACGAUGACCGACAGACUAUGCUCUUUUCUGCGACACAGACAACCAAAGUUGAGGAUUUGGCCAGAAUCUCUCUGCGACCCGGCCCGUUAUAUAUCAAUGUCGAUGAGGAGAAGCAACACAGCACAGUCGACGGCCUGGAGCAGGGCUACGUCCUGUGCGAGGGCGACGAGCGAUUCCUACUACUAUUCUCCUUCCUCCGGAAAAUGCAGGCCAAGAAGAAGAAGGUCAUUGUCUUUUUCAGCAGCUGUAACUCUGUUAAAUACUACUCCGAGCUCUUGAACUACAUUGAUUGCCCGGUGCUGGACCUUCACGGCAAGCAGAAGCAGCAGAAGCGAACCAACACAUUCUUCGAGUUUAGCAACGCGCCACACGGUAUCCUUAUCUGCACUGAUGUUGCUGCUCGUGGUUUGGAUAUUCCCGCCGUCGACUUCAUCGUCCAGUUUGACCCUCCGGACAACACUCGUGACUACAUUCACCGAGUCGGACGAACUGCCCGAGGUACCGAUGCCAAGGGACGAAGUCUGCUUUUCCUUCAGCCCAAUGAAGUCGGUUUCCUGUCUUACCUCAAGGCCGCUCGCGUCCCCGUUGUCGAAUUCGAGUUCCCGCGGAAGAAGAUUAUCAAUGUCCAGUCGCAGCUCGAGAAGCUCAUCGGAAAGAACUACUAUCUGCAGCAGAGCGCCAAGGAGGCCUUCAAGGCCUACCUCCACGCCUACGCCAGCCACAGCCUGCGAUCCGUCUAUGACGUGCAGAAGCUGGACCUGGUUAAGAUUGCAAAGAGCUUUGGUUUCCCUACACCCCCGCGAGUGGAUAUCCAGCUGGGAGCGAGCAUGGGACGGGACAAGGUGCAGGCGAGGAGGUCGUAUGGUAGCCAGCCGAAACAGGUGGGCAAGUACAAGAGGGACAAGAGGAAUUAG